AAUCACACAAACCCAACCACAAAACCCUAGCACUGUAAGCCUACACAACCGCCGCAAGGAGUGGCAUACUGCCGCCCUCCGUCGCACUCAAAUUUCGCCAUCCGUUAUCUAACAUCCCUCGUGCUCCAAGUCUUCAACCCCUGUUCGCUGUCACCGAUCGCGGCUGCUUCCUCGAGCUCGGCGUCCGUCGUCUUUGUCUGCUCACCCGCGCUUCCGUCGCGGUUUCUUUGCCGUUCACGUUCGCGUUCUUCGCCGUUCACGUUCGCUCGGCGUUCACCGUUCGCGUUCACUCGCUGUUCACCGUUCGAGUUCGCGUUCGUCUGGAAGCCACGUUGCUCUGCUUCAAACUCUGCGACCAACCCGCGCGCUCCACCCAGCUGUCGAACUGCUCUCUUUUGUCGCCGCCUCAUUAGUACCAGACAAAAAGAAACACAUGAAGAAAGGAAGACAAGCAUGGCGAGGGAGAUGAGAAAGCAAAUGUCGCGGUGGUGAUACCCAAAGGAACUUUGCAAGGUUAAGUGUGAGUGGUUGAAACAAUAAAAAUGGCAUUGUGCCUUCCUUAUCAAUUCAGUAAUAACAAACUAGUCAGUGACUUAGGUUCCAGCUUUCUUUCCGAGACAUCUUCUUUGUCCUGUUCCACCUUCAGAAAACAAAAGGAACAUAAUAAUGACCUCAGCAACAUCUCGAUUUCAAUUUAUUGUUCCUCAGUCAAACAUGUACGUGACACUGGUCUUGAUAGGCGUGUUGUUUUGAAGAAUAAAACUCGGUUUAUUCAAAAGCUGAAAACCUUACUUCUUUCUAAACCAAAACAUUAUCUUCCUCUUCACAUUCUCUCUAAAUGCUGGUCUUAUCUUACUCUUUCUACGCCUCACUCCAUACUUGCUAUGAUCCAUCGGUACCCUUCUAUUUUUGAACUCUUCACUAUACCAUGGCCACCUAAGCCACUUAAUGCAACAAAGUUAUAUCCUCAACUAUGUGUGCGUCUAACUCCAGCUGCUGCUGCCCUUGCUGCUGAGGAACUCACUCUUCAAUCCUCCAUUUCCACCACUUUGGCAACCAAACUCCAGAAGCUUCUUAUGUUAUCAUCUCACCACCGGUUACUCCUAUCAAAGUUGGUUCACCUUGCUCCAGAUCUUGGUCUUCCUCCUAAUUUUAGAUCCCGUUUGUGCAACGAUUUUCCAGAUAAAUUCAAGACUGUUGAAACUUCCUAUGGCCGUGCACUUGAGCUUGUAUCUUGGGACUCGAACUUGGCAAAGCCUUUACCGCCUCUUGCAUUUCGUUCUCCUGAUUUAAUAGUUGAUCGGCCUUUAAAGUUCAAACAACUAAGACUUAGAAAAGGGCUUAACAUAAAGAGACGUCACCAGAGUUUCUUGCUAAAAUUUGAAGAAAUUCCCGAAUUGUGCCCUUAUAGGAACCCUGUUGAUUCUUUAGCCAAGGUAUCAUUGGAAGCAGAAAAGAGAUCUUGCUCUGUAGUAAGAGAGGUUCUUGGGAUGAUGAUUGAAAAGAGUACUUUAAUAGACCACUUGACCCAUUUCAGAAAGGAAUUCGGUCUCCCAAACAAGUUGAGAGCAAUGAUUAAAAGACAUCCGGAAUUGUUUUAUGUGAGUUUGAAAGGGCAGCGGCACUCCGUUUUCUUGGUAGAGGGGUUUGGUGAGAAGGGUGAGUUAUUGGAGAAGGAUGAGAUAUUGUUCUUACGCAAUAAAUGGAGUGAGUUAGUUAGGGAAUCGAAGAGAAUGAGACGAGAACGAAGAAGGGGCAGGAUUGACAAGUUUCUUGGUGGUUUCAGUGAUACUGAUGAAAAUAAUGAGGACGACAGUGAUGUUGAUUAUGAUGACAAUUUUGAUAUUGAUAAUUUUGAAGAUGGUUAUGAUGAUGGUUUUGAGGAAAUAUUUGAAGACUUGGAUUUUGAGGCUAAGCAUGAUGACCAUAGUGGUUUGCUUGCCCAAAAUAUGAAUGGUGAAUUUUGGACGGCAGGACAUUUUCCUAUUCAAACUGGGGUCGAUGAAGAACAAGUGCAGCCUUGGUAGGAAUAUUUAAGUUAUAAAAGGCUAUGGUCCAUGGGUUCUACCUUGCAUGUACCAUAUUACAAUUGCUUUGUACGUGCUUUGUACUUGACUUUUCGCUUUAGUUUUUACAGUAUCAUUCACUGUAAAAUUAUGGAUAUAAUACAAAUCAAAUCAAAGCAAAUCAAAUAUUGGUUCCAAGCUUUUAUA